AUGUCACUGAACCCUUUUACCAACUGCAGUCGACGUAGCUGCCCUUUUGAAGCUCAAACACCCGAGCUGCUGCCGGUGAAAACAGAGAAGGCGGCCGCUUGCUACGUGGACGAGGUGCGGAGGACUGAAGGUUAUGAGCCCAAGCGGUUCACUGGGCAGAUGAGUGAGUUCCAUAGGAGAAGGGCCACCAAAGAAGAGAUGGAGCAGGGUCAAAAGGAGAUAAGACUAGCUGAUGAAAGAAUGAAAACAGAGGCUGAGAGUAGGGGUGAGAUGCCUAUACAAAACGGACCUGAAGAAAAACCUGUGGAUGUUGUAGAAGGGGAAACGCCUCCACCGAAAGAGGGUAAGAGAGAUGAACCUCAAAGAGGUACCCCUGCAAGGAAUUCCAAUCAGGGUUCAGGUGCCAAAGCGUUGUUGCCGCCUACACAACCUCCUCCUGAUCCUCCUGCCCUUUCUCUACGUCAAGAGGUGGUGAACUCCCUUGAGAAGAAUACGCCCGCCGACAAGGGUGAAGGCAACUUCAAUGGUGGACCUUUGAUGAGGGAGAUUGCAACUCCCCCUGAACAACAAGCAGGAGAUGAUGCAAACCAAGUGCAAGGGCAAUCCAUGGCACCUCCGUUGUUCACCGAGGAGCAGCUGAGAAACUUUGCUGCACUGCAGGGACAAGCCGCAUGGAUGUAUGGGCCCCAACAGUCGUUUUUCAAUCCAAUUGGUUUUUCACGUCCUUCAUUUUUGGAUGGAGAUGCAGCCAGAGCUUCAGUGAGUCAACAUGAAAGAGACAUGGAGUUUCUGAGAAUGCAAGCAGUGAGAGACCGAGAGGAGAAAGACGAAUGUAGAAGGCAGAUUCAACUGUUGGUAGAAGAGAACCGUCAGUUGAGAGCCAGGUUUGAAAGUGCUAGCAAGAUGCAGACUGAGGAUGAACCUAGGUUUGCGACUCCUGAGGAACAGCCGGAUCAGACCAGCCCAGGUUUCGACAUGGAUGUGGAUUGGUUGAAGCGGCGAAAGGAGGCUGACAGACCCCCAUCAAAGGAGGCUGACAGACCCCCAUCAAAGGAGGCUGACAGACCUCCAUCAAAGGAGGCCGACAGACCCCCAUCAAAGGAGGCUGCCAGACCCCCAUUCCUACCUGAGGCUGCAGAGUUCAAAACCCCCAAGGAGGCUGCCAGACCCCCAAAGGUGGAAGCAUCACAGCGUCCCCAAGAAGAAGGAAGCCGAGGUGCACCUGGUGGAGGGAAUGCGCAGUUCACUGAGAAAUCUUUGGAGUUCAUGGUGAUUAUGAUGGAAACUAUGAAGGACCUACACAAGAAGGUCAACGAGACAAAGGAUGAGACUGGCAUGGUUCGAGGAGUUGAGAUUGUGAGGUCCGGCACUCCUGACCUGCCGGUGUUGACCCCCUGGUCACCAAGCCAGGGUCCCCUCCAGUUGGGAGAUUGGCUUCUGACUGUGGAGCCGAUCAUAGCUGAUUUGUCAGCAACUUCAGAAGUGUGGUGGUCGCUGAUGGUGAAGUCUGCAGAGCAGUGGUACCAGAAGCACAUGAUGAUGCCCCCACUAGAUCGAGUUCAACAUGAAGUUCAACCGCCCCCAGAGGUCACCUUGGAAAAAUGGUCCAGGUUGGAAAGAAGAACGGCAUCGAUGCUGCUUCAAUCUGUGCCGGAGGUGGUCAAGGAGGAGUUGGUUUCAGCUCGACGGCUGAGCGUUUUUGGGAUUUUGACGCAACUGCUGUUGACGUAUUGCCCAGGUGGUGUCUUGGAGAAGCAGACAUUGCUGAGAAGUUUGGAGGAGCCAACAGAGGUCACCACGGUGGGCGAGGCUCCUGCUGCAAUACGUCGGUGGCUACGUUGGAAGCUGCGGUCCCAGGAGAUCGGCGCAGUGACCCCAGACCCGGCACUGUUGUUGAAAGGUCUGAACAAGUUAACACGCCGAGUCCUGGAGUCCAACAAAGAACUACAAUUCAGGGUCAGCCUGGCCCGAAAUUCCCUUGGUGUGGAUACGAGGCCGACCGACACCACAGUCAGCCAGUUUGCCACGCACCUUUUGGCUGAGAUCGAACAAGUUGCUCUUUCCGAAAAGAGGGCCACUGCUGCGAUGCCAAAGAGCGAGGUGAAGAUCAAAUACUUGGAUGCAGACAAGAACAAGCCAAAGACCAAAGAGAGGCCUACAGAGGAGGACAAGCCGAAGCCAAAAUGCAGGUUUUUUCUCACAGAUGCUGGUUGCAAAAGGGGAAAGGAGUGCACGUUUAGCCAUGAUGUCAAAGAUGAUCGUCGCAGGUGUUACAACUGCGGCAGUGUGGAUCACCUUUCACCAAGUUGCACCAGGUCAAAAGGCGCUUCUACUGAAACAAGCCCCAACAAGCCAAGGGUUGCCAAGGCCGAGGGGGAGGAGCGCAAUGUGACUUCACCAAUGAAGGAGUCAGAGACUGGAAGCCAAUCUAGUCAAGGGGAGGCAGUGAAGGACUUGCUGGAGGAGGCCAACCGGAUGUUGAAGUCUCUGUCGAGCUCUUCCAACACUACUGCUUCUACAACCUCUUCGACGUCUGAAGAAGAGCGAAAAGAUGUGAUGGAGCGCCUUCAUCAGCAGUUGAAGUCGAUGAAGACGUUCAAGAUGAAGAGACUCAAUGUUGGGAAUGAUGUUGGACUUGUGGAUUCAGGUGCAACACAUCCACUUCGUCCUAGACAUGAAGGCGAGAAUGUUGAUUUGUACCCAGUGGUGGAGGUGGCAUUGGCAGAUGGAAGGACGGUGAGGUUGAAAAUGUCCCCUGGAGGUGCUAUGAUAUCACCUUCACCUGCCAUCGAGCCUAUCAUCCCUAUGGGCUUGUUGUCGCAGAAGCUGAACUGUGACAUUUCCUGGAAGCAAGGAUCUAUGCAGAUCCACCAUCCUCUGAGAGGAGAAAUCAAGGUGAUGAUGAAGGGAAGUUGCCCCCAUGUCGCCAGAUCUGAGGCUUUGGCGUUGAUUGCGGAGCUGGAGGACAUCAAGAUGGGCAUUCCCAAUGAGAUUGGAAGUUUUGAUGCGGAAGUGGCAUGGCUGAGAAAGCUGGUGUCGCAGCAUCCAGUGCUGUCUUCACUCCCAGAGCACAUCAAGGAGCGGCUGGUGGUGGAGCCUGGAACUUGGUCUGAUCUUCCAGGCAACAGACACUCAAGAAAGCGCUGGAAGAGGAGUGGCUUAGCAGUUCAUUUGUAUGCUGGGCCAGAAACAGGGUUCACUUUGCGGCAUGCCAUCAAACAGCUGGGUGGUUCUGUCGAUGCCUUGUUGGAAGUUGAUGUUCAACGAGGAGAACAACAUGACAUGCUGUCGGACCACGCAGUUUAUCGUGGUCUGUUCCAUACAGGAGAGAUUGUCGAGUAUGCCAGGAGAGCUCACAACAAUGCCCGCCCCAUCGACUGGUCAAGGACCCAAUUGCUGGAGUGCUUUCAAUCGACACAGCUGGUCCACUGA